UAUGCGCAAAGAUUGCGCAGUGCUGUUGCCCUAGAACAUAAACCUCCCAGCCUGUAUGUCUAUGGGUGUGUCUACGUCCUUUAGUUCACCCGAAGGUACGUCUGGAGUGAAUAUUGUCGUUGAAGAACAUCCGCAGUCAUGAGUUACGCCAUGUCCACUACAGUAGCUGUGACCGCUGGAGUGGUGCUGGUCUCAACAGCAGGUGUCCUGGGUUAUCUUUACCUAAACAGGAAAAGGAAACCACAGAUUACCUUGAUUAAUCCCUCUGAAAAAUACAAAUUGAGACUCGUAGACAAAGAGAUCAUAAGUCAUGAUACCCGGAGAUUUCGGUUUGCCCUGCCAAGCCCAGAGCAUAUUUUGGGAUUACCAGUAGGCAAGCAUGUUUAUCUCUCCGCCCGGAUUGAUGGUAAUUUGAUUGUGCGUCCCUACACACCAGUGUCCAGCGAUGAUGACAAAGGAUUUGUUGACCUAGUUGUUAAGAUUUAUUUCAAGAAUGUGCACCCAAAGUUUCCUGAAGGGGGAAAGAUGUCCCAGUACCUGGAGAGUUUGAGGAUUGGAGACUUGAUAGAUUUCAGAGGACCAGGAGGUUUGCUGGAGUACAAGGGACAAGGUCGGUUUGCCAUACAGGCUGAUAAGAAGGCCCCUGCUGAGAUCAAGACGGCAAGAACGUUGGGUCUUAUAGCUGGAGGAACAGGCAUUACUCCUAUGUUGCAACUGAUCCGGGAUAUUAUCAAGAACCCAAAUGACACAACUACCUGCAGCCUGCUGUUUGCUAACCAGACUGAGAAGGACAUUCUGCUGAAGGAUGAUCUGGAGGAGAUUCAGGCAAGGCAUCCAGAUCGCCUUAAACUCUGGUUAACUGUGGACAGAGCACCUGCAGAAUGGAAAUACAGCCAGGGCUUCAUCAAUGCUGAGAUGAUACAGGAGCAUCUACCAAAACCCAGUGAUGACUGUAUGAUCCUCAUGUGCGGACCACCUCCCAUGAUCCAGUUUGCUUGUAAUCCCAACCUGGACAAGCUGGGCUACCGGCAGAGCCAACGCUUUGCCUAUUAGACCUGUCUUGAUGUUCAGGGCCCAGGCCACAAAUUACUCCAAAGAUGCUGACACUGAGUUGCAUUCGCCAAAUCCUGCAGUCACACAAUUAUAUUAAAGCAAAUAUGUUAUUACAAAUGUGGUCUUGUAUAGUACAUCAACUAUUUAUGAAGGCUAUAUAAUCUAUAUUGAACGUUUAAGUGCUUGCCUAUCUAAAGGUUUCUGAUCCAUCAUAUUAAAAGUCUUUAAUUCUGUAAUUCAGUGCAGGGAUAGUGCUCUCUCCUGAGGCUUGAUAUUCACCAUUGUGGCUUGGGUUCAGAAUAAAAUGCUAAGCACUUAAAAAUGCACCAGUGUGUAUUGAGAUACCUGCCACUGAAUUUAUUGCUGAAUAUUAUAAUCAUGUGCCUGUCACUUUGAGUUGUAUUAAUAUUUGUUGUGUGUGUAAAAUGUUAUGCAUUUGCCAUCACUGAAGUAUUUUUGUAUGUAUGCUGCACUCCAUAUGUUUAAUUGAAUUUAAAUGCACUGAACUUGUUUUAUACGUAAUGCACUAAAGAGGAAACAACAAAAAAUGUGUAUUAAAGUUCUUUGCAUCUGCA